AUGACCAACCCCGACGCCGUCAGAGACAAAUUCUACGAGGACCUGCACGCCCUCUUGGCGACUGUGUCGAAGGCGGACAAGUUGAUUGUCCUUGAUGACUUCAACGCCCGCGUCGGCACAGACCAUACUGCCUGGAGAGGAGUGCUGGGUCCCCACGGUCUCCGCGGCUCAAACGACAAUGGUCUGCUGCUUCUCCGCACCUGCGCAGAACGCCGCCUCAUCCUGACGAACACCUUCUUCUGCCUGCCGGAGCGAGAGAAGGCCACCUGGAGGCAUCCUCGGUCGCGCCAGUGACACCUGCUGGACUAUGUCCUCGACCGGAGGCGAGAUCAGCGGGACGUGCUGGUGACAAGGGCAAUCGCGGGCGCUGACGGGUGGGCCGAUCAUCGCCUCGUCAUCUCGAAGAUGCGUAUUCGCCUACAGCCUCGCAGGAGACCACAAGGUAAGCGACCCCCAUGUAAGCUGGAUGUUGCCUUGUUGUAUUUGCCCGCUCACCAUCUUCAUUUCAGCAAUGAGCUAGCUCAAAGGCUAGACAACCUUCCUAUCGCUGCCGACGCCGCCGCUGCCGAGAUCGCCUCCGUGGAGAACCGCUGGUGUCAACUGCGAGACACGGUCCAGUCGACGGCGCUCGCCGUCCUCGGUCGCGCUCCCCGCCAACACCAGGACUGGUUCGACGACAACGACACCGCCAUCAGAAAUCUGCUUGCUGAGAAGAACCGCCUACACAAAGCGUACGUAGAUCACCCCACUGAUGCCACCAAAGCUGCCUUCUACCGCAGUCGCCGCCAACUGCAGCAACGACUGCGCGAGAUGCAGGACGCCUGGACUGCUCGCAAGGCUGAGGAGAUCCAAGGGUACGCGGACCGAAACGAAUGGAAGAACUUCUUCUCUGCGAUCAAAGCUGUCUACGGUUCGCCGACGAACUGCACUGCUCCUCUCUUCAGCGCCGACGGCAACACUCUCCUGACUGAGAAGACGCAAAUCCUGCAGCGAUGGGCCGAACAUUUCCGAGGCGUCCUCAACCGCCCCUCCGUCAUCUCCGACGCCGCCAUCGAGCGUUUGCCGCAAGUGGAGACCAACGUGGACCUCGACCUCCCGCCAUCUCUCCAGGAGACCAUCAGGGCCGUGCAGCAGCUCUCCAGCGGGAAAGCACCCGGAUCGGUCGCAAUCCCUGCUGAGGUCUACAAGCACGGAGGUCCCCAACUGAUGGAUCACCUGACUGCGCUCUUCCAAGAGAUGUGGCGUCAAAGUGAAGUCCCGCAAGAUUUCAAAGACGCAACCAUCGUGCAUCUCUACAAGCGCAAAGGGAAUCGCUAA